AUGUCGUUUCCCUCUGUCGUAUUAUGCCCGGAGCGCGGUCCGUCCCUCUAUUCAAUACCCGCGGCCGUCCAACGCAUGCACCGUAUGGGUUAUACGGUACACAUAGUAGUACGGGGUGCAGUAGCCCUUGAGGACAGCUUUUGCCGUUCCGCGUGCCAGGGUCUACGGCAAGAGGAAUCCCGUAGUCGGACCCAACUUGCCUCGCAAGGAGCCAUAGUGUCACUGCACACAAGGAGACUCUUCACUGUGUCAGUACCUGAAACCAGGCUUGAGAACAAAGUUACAGAGCCAUGGGUUCGUUUGGGUAUGAUAUCAGUAUGA